AUGACGUACAUGGGCGAAAUGGGGGGGAUUGCUGAGAAGGAUAACAAAUCGCUCCCUAACGCGGACAGGCUUCUGCCAGAUGAUGUUCCUGAAGAGUCAGUCGGGGAGGGAGGCAGCCAUGACAAUUUCGGCAUGUUUGACUCGAACCCGUUCGGUACCGUGAAUCUCGCCGCGUCCUUUCCGGAAGGCUCGUGCGAGCCGCAGCUGGUCCCGUGCGCUCCGAAGCCCGCUGCGACGACGACGACGACAAACGACGUCGCAGACUCUGUCGCAGACGGAGGAGCGUUCGGGUCGCCUGACGUGUUCAGCUCGCCGGACGGUUUCGCGUCGGAGGAUUUCAAUCUGUCGUUCGGAGGGAUGGAUGACGUGGAUGCGCUGAAUCAACAGGACCUUCGUUAUAAUCUCAUGCUCAGAGGAGCGGGCCUUGCAGAGCAUUCUACCGCGGAUGCUCCGUCGCAUCCCAAAAUGGAGUUCCCGGAGUACCCAGCGCAUCAUCCGAUGAACCACCCAAUGUAUCCGCCGCAUAUGCCGCUCUACUACCCUGGAAUGCCCACCAUGCCGGUUCCCUACUACGGCAUGCCGUACCCUCCCUUUCCGUACAACCCGUGGAUGGCUCCUUACUCCUCGCCCUUCCUUUCCCCCCCACAUGCGAUGCCUGGAACCAACGCAAUAGCCGCCGACCCUGCCGCCAUCGCGCGUCAGCGUCGCCUGGUCGCGGAUUCCGUGCGCGGUAAGCGACGACGACACGCGCUCAACGCGUCCUCGCAGUUCCCUUCCGCCGUAUCUUCCGUCGCACCUUCCGCGAUGCCUUCCGCGUCCCUCUACGGCCAUCCUAUCCCAUCCUCUCCCUCAAUCCUCCCUUGGACUAACGUCAAUCCCGACGCUGCCGAUUCGGCGAACGCCGCUUCCUCUUCGCCGUUCGUUCCCGCUGCUCCCCUCCCGCCGCUCUCCCCCGCCGUCGUCCCGUCGUCCCCCAAAGCCAUCGCGUCCCCCGCACGGUGCGCCUCGCCUGUUCCCACAUCGUCCCCCGCUGCGGUCGGGAAAACUGGCGCGGGGAAGGCUGCGGCGAAGAGUCCGCUGGGCAGAGUUGCUCCUCUCCCUGCUGCUGCUGCUGCUGGCAAAUCUCCUGCCGUGAAAUUUUCAGCAGAGGUAGAGGUCGCCGCUGCUCCAGCCGCUGCUCUGCCGGUUUCGCCUGUUCUUAAGAUUGAAGAGGACGUGUUUGUUCCUACCGCUACCGCUCCCGCUAUCCCCGCUACAGUCUCCGGUCCUGUGACUGGGCAGCAAGUCAAGGGAGGGAAGGCCUCGGCGAAGCAGCAGCGGGAUGAGCGGCGAGUGAAGCGGCUGCUGCGGAACCGCGUGAGCGCGCAGCAGGCGCGGGAGCGGAAGAAGAAUUAUGUCGCGGAGCUGGAGCAGCGGUGCGAGAUGGUUGAGAGGAGUAACGCGGAGAUUGAAGGGGAGAUUGCCGCACUGAUGGCUGAGAACGAGCGGCUGAGGCAGUCCAUGCGGAGGGCUAUCAGGGAGACUGGAGUAUCACAACAGCACGGUACAACAUCGUCGGAGGGCGUGGUGGUGCGGGAUUCGGUGUUUUUCCACCGCACUGCCCUCUGUGGUCUUAUGAUACCCCCUCCCUCCCCCAUCUUUCCAACCAACCCCCACAUCCCACCCCACACACCCGGUGCAGGCCACAACAACACCGUACAGCAAGCACUAGAGAGCCUGGUGGUGUGGGAUUCGGUGUUCUUCCACCGCAUUGCACUCUGCGGUUAUGAGUUUGAGCAGGCCUAUGCCUUCUUUCCGCUCCUGCCCUUGCUCAUGCGCCUCCUCGCCACUGCCACUCCCUUCCGUCUGCUUCUCCCCAUUCUCGGAGCUCCAGCCACAUUUGCCUUGGUGGGACUGGUCGUCUCGAAUACUGCCUUCGUUGCAGCAGCUUACUGCCUCUUCAGGCUCACCGACUGUGUUCUUUCUGAUACGCGUCUGGCCUUCCUCUCCUCCCUCUUCUUCUGCCUCACCCCCGCCUCUGCUUUCUACUCUGCGAUCUAUUCCGAGAGCAUAUUCGCACUGCUCGCCUUUGCCGCCAUGUGGCGCGUUGUGAGUGGCCGAUGGAUCUCUGCGUCCCUCUUGAUCGCCCUCUCAGCAGCCGCUCGCCCUAAUGGUGUCCUUCACGCAGGCUUCUUCCUCUUCUCCUCACUGCAGGCCGCAGGGCCCCUCAUCCUCCGUCUGCUGCCAUGGCAGCUGCUGCAGUGGCUGAUCCAUGCACUCAGCCCACAGGGGAAUGAAGGCCGGGAGGGACGGCAUCAAGGACGGCAGCAAGGGAAUGAAGGCUGGCAUACAUCGCUCAAGACAACCAAGAAACGGACAGGCAGAAGAGUGUCAGCGGCGGGAGGGGCGGACGAGAUUGGGUCGUUUUUGGAGAGGAAGUGGCAGCUGUGCCGCACAAGACUCCUCCCCAUCCUCCUCUCCACCGCCCUCUGCUGCCUCCUCUCCUUCUCUCUCCUCCUCUCCUUCCAGUUCUUUGCCUUCACCCAGUUCUGCCGCCCUGCUGCUAGCACUACGCCUCGGGAUGUUCCCUCCUGGUGCAUGGACUCCAUUCCCUACAUCUACGGCUAUGUGCAACGCAAGUACUGGGAUGUGGGAUUUCUCCGAUACUUUCAGCUGAAGCAACUCCCCAACUUCCUCCUGGCAUCACCCACCCUCCUCCUCUCCCUCUCAGCCGUCCUAUCUUUCGCACUCUCUCGCCUUCUCCUCUUCCUCUCUCUCGGCCUCCUCUCCGCUCCCUCUGACCAGCACCGCCUCCUCUUCCUUCCACCUCCCAACCACCCAAAAGAACGAGAGAGGGAGGAGGAAGUGGAGGAGGAGAAGGUGGAGGAAGGGGAGGAGGAGAAGGUGGAAGAAGUGGAGGAGGAGAAGGUGGAGGAAGGGGGGGACGAAGGGGAGGUGGAAUGGCGAAGAUAUGACCGUUUGAGUGGUAACAAGGGGUUCUUUUCUGCUGCUGCUCUUCCGUUCCUGCUGCAGCUGCUGUUUAUGACAGCAGUGGCAACGUUGGUGAUGCACGUACAGGUGGCGACUCGUUUUCUCUCCUCCUCACCUCCCCUCUACUGGUUCCUAGCCCAUCUCCUCACAUCAGCGAAUACCAAGUACUCUAAAUCUGCCCGCCCAUCUUCCGAGUAUGCGGAUCAAAGGUGGGAGUUGUUUAUGGUAAGGGCAUGGAUUGGUGCAUCAGUGGGGUAUGCAGUCAUUGGCUCCUUGCUUUUCAUCAAUUUCUAUCCCUUCACGUAG